AAACUGAACCACCAGACGCCAAAAAGAUGGCCGUUUGGCGACUGUAUCACACAUCUCGAGUUGCUCGCCCGAGAACUGCGGGCUCAACUUUAGCCGUCGGACAGUCCCGACCGGCCACGCUCAACAACGAACUGCUCCGCGCUCAGGGGAAUCGCUUGGAAAGAUGAAUAAUCGGCGGAACGGCGGGUUCCGCUCUCUUCACCCCACCAAGGUUAUAUCAUGCGUCGCGAUACCCCGAUGAGAUAAAUACGUCUCUUCACCCUCACUAUCCCGGUUUGAUACAUCGCCCAAGCAGCAGAUUCUAUCUUGAGAAUAUAACUUUUGUUGCCUCAAUUAACACGUAUCCUUACAUACCAGCAUCACAAUGGUUCUCAAACUCCACGGCUCUCCUGUGUCAACAUGCACCAAGCGUGUGGCCAUGGUGCUCCACGAGAAGAACGUGCCGUUCGAAUUCCAUCCCGUCGACCUCGCCAAGGGGGAACAAAAGGCUCCUGAAUUCAUCUCGCGUCAGCCGUUCGGCCAGGUUCCCUACAUAGACGAUGACGGCUUUAUCCUUUACGAAAGCCGCGCGAUUUCGGAGUACAUCGCCACAAAAUAUGCCGACCAAGGCACACCACUGGUCCCCAAGGACAUCAAGGAUUACGCUCUCUUCCGGCAAGGUGCUUCAAUUGAAACAUCCCACUUCGAUUCUCAUGCUUCGAAACUCGCAUACGAAAGAUUCAUUAAACCUAUUUACGGCUUGCAAACCAGCGAGGAAGCCGCGAAGCAAGCUGAAGACCUUCUCAAUGCAAAAUUAGAUGUAUACGAACAAAUCCUCAGCAAACAGAAAUACAUUAGCGGAAACGCCCUCACGCUUGCCGACUUAUUCCACCUGCCAUAUGGUGCGUUGCUCGCUCUUUGUAAAUGCGACGCCAUUGAGAAAAGACCCGCGGUUGCUAAAUGGUUCAAUGAGCUCGUUUCUCGUCCAUCUUGGCAAGCUGUUCAGGGAGGUGUAAAGGGAACAGCUUGACUCUGCCCGGUGUCAAUAGUCUUCCAACCAAAGAUGUAAAACCUUCGGCCGCAAUUAGGUCCCGGGUUAUCACGCCAUCACUGUCGGGGAUUUUCUACUCCAGUAUCCCUUAAUAGAUAUCAGUGAUUAUAACAGAAGAGUUAUUAUGACAAUCCAAAUAAAUCUGCAGAUUGCUC